GCAACUCACUGGAGAAGAUAACGACCGCGAACACACGUAUUGUGCUCCUGCGGGCGGCCACGACAGUUUGUCAUAGCGAGUCGCACCGUCAGGUCGGAUCCUUGCUCCCAUCCACGGCAUUCGCACCACCUCGCUGCUCUCCGGACGCGGGGGCCAUCCCACCCUGACAAUGGCCGCGACACACCUCGACCUCGGCCUCCGCUGCAUCAAGUAUCUUCUCUGCGCGGUCAACUUCCUCUUCGUGUUGACUGGCGCAAUGAUAGUUUCAGUUGGCACAACCAUUUAUGCGGUGUACGAGGACUUUUCACACUUUUUGGAUUCGAGUUAUUUUUCACCGGCUACUCUUCUAAUUGUAGUUGGAGCUUUUAUCUUCAUAAUUGCGUUCUGCGGUUGCUGCGGUGCCCUUAAAGAAAGUACUUGCAUGGUCUUGAUGUUUGCAGUUUCCUUAUCAGCGGUUUUAAUAUUGGAAUUUUCUGCUGCGGUUGCUGCGUAUGCUUUGCAAAACAAUAUUACAAAUCUUCUUAAUGAUAAAAUUAAUAAGACCAUGUACCAAUACGAAUCUAAUUAUGAAGCCAAAACUGCUAUAGAUUUCUUACAAGCCAAAUUGCAUUGCUGUGGAUAUGACAGUGCAAACGAUUGGGUCGGUAUUCUAACGAAUGCCACCAAUACUAUCAAAGUACCGCUCUCGUGUUGCAACUGGUACGAUCCUAUGGACAAUGCAUUACUGACAGACGUCUGUCCGUCAGUUUAUCAACAAGGCUGUUACGAAGGCUUAUCAUUGGUUGUCAAUUGCAGUGCACUUUAUUUGAUCACCGGUGCAAUGAUGAUCGCUCUAAUUCAGAUGGCUGGAAUAAUGUUCGCAUGCAUGUUGGGUCGAGCAAUAAGAAAACAAAAAACGGAAAAAGAAAGACGGCGAUGGCAAAUGCAGGAAAGCUUAUUAAGUGGCUACGAACCUAUUGGAAAAACUGAUCCUUUCACAGCUUUUCCAAUUGUCUAUAUGACAAGUAAUAAUAACUUAAAAAAUACAAUACCAAGUUAAUCAAUCAUGAAUAAAUCACUAAUUAAUAACAAGUCUAAAAAAUGAUAAAUAUA